AGAGGCUCUGCUGUUGCCCCUGCGAGCACCAGAUCAUGGCAAAGCUAGGAGCGUUGAUCCUUCUGGGGGCCAGUCUGGCCUUUUUGGGGCAGACGUUUGUGGCGAUUAGAGAAAGAUUUAUUACAUCUCGAGAAGUGGAGCCGGUGGAACCCCAGAAUUGCCACCUUAUUGAGAAACUUGAAAAUGGCUCUGAAGAUAUUGAUAUACUCCCUACUGGACUGGCUUUUAUCUCUAGUGGAUUAAAAUAUCCAGGCCUGCCAAACUUUGCACCAGAUGAGCCAGGAAAAAUCUUCUUGAUGAAUUUGAAUGAGCAAAGCUCAAAGGCACAAGCACUAAAAAUCAGUGAUAGAUUUGACAAAGAACUAUUUAAUCCACAUGGGAUCAGUACUUUCAUCGACAAAGAUGGCACUGUGUAUCUCUAUGUUGUGAAUCAUCCUCACAUGGAGUCCACCGUGGAGAUAUUUAAAUUUGAAGAACACCAACGCUCUCUCAUACACCUGAAAACUGUAAAACAUGAACUUCUCAAGAGUGUGAAUGACAUUGUGGUUGUUGGACCAGAACAAUUUUAUGCCACCAGAGACCACUAUUUGGACAACUUCUUCUUGUCACUUCUUGAGAUGAUCUUGGAUCUUCGCUGGACUUAUGUUGUGUUCUACAGCCCAAGAGAGGUCAAAGUGGUAGCCAAAGGAUUUAAUUCUGCCAAUGGCAUUACAGCCUCACUAGACCAGAAGUAUAUCUAUGUAGCUGAUAUAGCAGCUAAGAACAUUCACAUAAUGGAAAAACAUGAAAACUGGAAUUUAACCCAACUGAAGGUAAUACAAUUGGACACCUUCAUGGAUAACUUGAAUGUUGAUCCUAGCACUGGAGAUAUUUUGGGAGGAUGCCACCCUAAUGCCAUGAAGCUGCUAAACUAUAACCCUAAAGAUCCUCCAGGGUCAGAAGUACUACGCAUCCAGAAUGUUUUAUCCGAUAAACCCACAGUGAGCACUAUCUACGCCAAUAAUGGUUCUGUGCUUCAGGGUACCUCGGUGGCUGCCGUGUACCAUGGGAAAAUUCUCAUAGGCACUGUGUUUCAUAAAGCUCUUUAUUGUGUGCUCUAGACUUGAGAUAUUCCAAAGCCUCCAUAUGUUUGGUAAAAGUGAAUUUGUCAUUAUAUGGUAAGUUUUAAAAGAGCAGAGAGAAAUUUCAUAUUGGUCACCAAAUGGCAAGUUGGGUGAGUGACAGUCCACCAAGAAACUGGAAUGCUCCUCACUGUGUCAGAUAUCUCCAAUAUUCUCCAAUAAUGAGAAAUACGAGCCGUGGCUACGGAAGCUUCCGGCUCAGGGAGCCCCCCUUGAUAACAGUGUGGCAAAAUCGCCUUCUACAACCAGGAUGUUGAGUCUCUAGCAGUCCAGUCUAGGAGAAAAGCCAUGUUCAAGGACUUACAAUUUCUCUCCUCUUCUCUUCUCCCAAUUUUGAUGGAAAUCAACUGCUAAUCAAGUGCCCCUGCCUGCAGCUAAAAGCAAGAAUUGGUAUCGUGAGAUUGUCCCAAAGCCAUACCUUCUCCCCAAGUCCAAACGGGAAUCAGGAUCAGUGAAAUUUGCCAGACACACAGAGCUGAUGUGGUCAUUUGUAACAGGUCUUUCUUUGUAUUGACCCUUGUGCGUCAAGUAUUGUUAAUCCUGCUUGGCUCUGUACCGUGAGAUGCAGGCUCAGAGCAGUUAUCUUGUGUUGCUUUCAGCUUGCGCUACUGGUUAAUUCAAUAAGCAUUUCUUAAGCAACUUCCUAUGCACUUGGCACUAAUAAAUCCGAAAUGAAUAAGAUG